UUACGGAACCGUUGUUUUUCCGAGGUAAAUUAGCUGAUUUGAUGGAUGUAGAUAUCCCACAUCGGAAAAUGUGGGAUAAGUAUAACAAUAUUUAAACCUAAAUAUGAAUGCACUAGGACACGACCUUACUUGAACAGGAUCUGUUCUAUAGGUUGUACAUCUGUGUCCUUGAGUUCUAAGGAGGCAAGAAUCAUAAUCUGGUGGAUGAACCACUGCCCUGCGGCUAGAGCGUGAUUAACAGUCUAACGAUCCAUCGGAUCUGCGGCGGUAGAUGAUCGUUCUCGGCGAGGCCCCGCCCUAGCUGGGAUGGUCGCAAGGGCGGUCUGACAGAUUAUAACAUACUUUUUUCUUUACCUCUCUCUCCUUUUAGUUUUUCUUUGAGCUCUCGUUUCCUUUUUGAAUCUGUGUUGUGAUGGAUAAAAUACCCUUUACAAUGAGCCUGAAAUCUCAAGGAUUUGUUGGUUUGGAAGUGGACAAUGUCCAGUUCAUGCCCCUUACCUGUUUGUUGAAAUGCCUCACAGACCUGCAGUGGUUUCUUUUAAUGGUAAAAUUGAAAGGAAAGGCAAGGGGAUCUAGGCUGAAGGUCGAUUUGACCAAUGUUUAGAACACUCUAACUUGCUCUCAAUGGAGGCUGUUGAGACCUUCCGCUUCUGCUUUUACUUCAACCCAAUGGAGGGCGCUGUGCCGUGGCUGAAACUGCAGAACGAAGCAUAUCAUAAAAUGUUCUUCUGCUCAAAGAUGGGGACACGUGUGAGUAUAAACGGCAAGGCAAGGGUUCCGGCACUUUAGAACUUCACACGUGUAAGCAUAACCUGCCAAGUGUCUGCACACGUGUCACCUACUCGCUCAUCCCCUCUUCCUCCUCCUCUGUUACCAAAGCCCGAACCGUUCCACAAGAGAUCUUCAUUGCCGUGAAAAUGUCCUGCACCUCACCCUUCUCUUUCACUCUCAUAAGGAAAACGCUUCCCAUUUAUUAUUCUUCGUCUUCCUCUUCCAAUCUGGUGAUCCCUUCGUUCCUUUCCCAUGGCGAAUUCCUCCCGUUUAAAAACUCUGCGCCUCUCUCGCGUUUUCUGCUUGUCGGGGACUCGCCGGAGUUUCCCCAAAAGAGCCCCAUUCCGGAGCCUUCUGUCCCCCUCGAAAUUCCUCAAAUUUCGACUUCUCCAGAGAUUGACCCGAUCACUCCGCCAGAGCUUCCGCCGAUAACUCCCGGGCCGGAUUUUCCUGGAUUACCGUCUCCGUUGCCUCCCGGACCCGACUUUCCAGUUCCGCCGGUUCCAUCCCCUCCAGGCAUCGACGUACCCAUACCACCCCAUAAGCCUCCAGAUAUAGAGCCGCCAAGGCCUGGGUCGCCGGUGCCGGAACCGGACAUAUUGCCUCCGCCGCCACCGGAGUUUCCGCCUCCGAGGCCUCCCGGUCCGGAGAUAUUCACGUCACCAUCUUCCCCUGACAUUCCUCCGGUAGCUAUGUUUUGAUGUGGAUGGAAAUGAUUCUUCAGGUUGUAAUCUGUCGGCUCUUAAAUCACAAGUUCUAAUCUUUAAUCGGUUUUUUUU